AGGUCUUCUUUCGCGAAACGAUCGCAGUUCAGGCCGACGCUUUUCUUUUUCCCAGUCCGCGGCUGUAGUAAGUAUCUCCGGUGCCUGGAACCAAAGCAAAGCUCUCAAUCGCGAAGUUACGAACAAAUAUUUUUCUUCACGUUUUCGCUCCGCACUGUGUGGUCUUUUCAAAUUGUAGAACUUACUUACUUUCCAAGAAAGCACGCAAAAAAUGUCGGUCCCGAGCAAGCUAAAACAACUGAGCUCGGUUCGAGCCUACGGUGGUGCCUUGCGGCGGUUCGAGCAUACGUCGGGCGUGCUGGGGAACCUGCAGAUGAAGUUUGCGGUCUUCAUUCCGGACACCGCGUCGAAGGGGGCCAAAACACCAACACUGUACUAUCUGUCCGGCCUCACGUGCACGGAUGAAAACGUUUCCAACAAAGGUUAUGGAGGAGAAGUUUCGAUGAGUCAAGCUGCACGCAGCUGUUGAAGGUGUUUCCGUAUCUUUUCGGAUGUACUUACUAAAAGUUGAGUCGUCAGACACGCAAUUAUCCUACGUAAUGAUCGUCUGCGUCUUCUACCAGAAGACUUUAUUUCCUAUCGAGUAGGUAUGAGGUUUACGAACCGCGAAACUUGCCGUGCAGCUUUGACUCAGCGACCUUUUCCCACGCAUAGUUACAGUAUCGCAUUCAAGUGGGCUUCGGAGCUUGGAAUCGCGGUCGUAAUGCCAGACACGAUAUCAAAUGUAAAAAUGUCUGGGUCUGGAAGAAUGCGGGAUUUGUCAUGCUAGUCCGGCAUGACUCUGCGCUCUGUAUUGCGUGGCCGCAAAGGGCUUCUCUUGCCUGUCAUGCAAAAACGCAGUUUCUCAUGCGGAGUACGCAACACUGAACCACGGAAAGCCUUGUCAUGCUUGGCAGUGCAUUACAGUAUGCGCAUUUUUCCCUGACUUGCAUCACAAGUUUCCAGACCCAGACAUUUUUACAUUUGAUACACCAGUCCGCGGGGCCAUCCGGAGAUUCCGGGAGAAAACGACAGCUACGACUUUGGCACCGGCGCCGGGUUUUAUCUCAACGCAACUAAGGAACCCUGGAGCGCGAACUACAAAAUGUAGUGUGUGUUAUUUUUGUUUCUUGCUGAAAGUAGAGUACCUACUGCCGUCCGCCUCCGUCGGGGAAACCGGUGUUCGCUUAUGUGGUCCUGACGCGAUUUGAUAUGUGCAACGAAAAAAAACGAAAUUUUCAGACAAAAUGCUCAUGCCAAUCAUGCAACUACAUCACUCCAGGUACGACUACGUGGUGAAAGAGCUUCCAAGUUUGAUGGCCGAAUCUUUUCCCGAGUGGUACCUCCCAGAUAAAAUUUCCAUCACCGGGCACAGCAUGGGCGGACACGGCGCGCUCACAAUAGGACUCAAAAAUCCGACGACGUACUGAUUUCUUUUUUUUUUCAUCAUCGUGCCAUGGUCCCGUCUCGUUUUUAAUGAUUCUAGAUUUAUUUUGAUGAAGCAAGGAUAAGGAACCAGAUACGUCGCAAAAGCGAAAAACAAGCAAAACUACACUCAGGUACACGUCCGUUUCCGCGUUCUGUCCCAUCGUGAACCCGCUGGACACGAACUGGGGCCAGAAGGCGUUCAACGGCUACCUGAACGACCCAACGAAGGAAGGUGCGGACUACGACGCCUGCGCGUUGUUGCAGGCCGGGAAGAAGCAUCCGAAGUGCCUGCUCGUGGACCAGGGAACCGGGGACGAUUUUUACUCGGAAUCCAAGCAACUCCAACCAGAGAAGUUCGUGGAAGCGUGCAAGGCGGCGGGACAGGAGUUCGAGUGCAACAUGCGGGAGGGGUACGACCACAGCUACUGGUUUGUGUCCACUUUCAUGGAAAACCAUUUUCGAUUCCACGGCAAGCAUUUGGGCGCAUGAGGAAGAUGAAUGGAUUACGACCGUAGAUAGAACUGAAAAUUGUAAAGUAGUGACGCUGAAUGGCUUGUGGUGUUUACGCGAAGUGAAGUAUACAGUGAAAAAGACCUGAGCGCUUGCUGUGCAAGCCAUCAUUGCAUUCUGAAAAGAGCCACUCAAAGCUGUUCGUCUCUCUUCGAUAGCUCGUGCAUCAGGGGUCGUUAUAAAUUUGGUGUGCGGUCUUGGAUACUAUCUGCUAAAACAUGUUUUAAUUCUUUACGUUUCAGCUUGCCGCACUCUGUGCAUUUU